AUGACGAUAAUCAACAAGAUGAUGCUAAGAUUCCGGCCGAUUGCGCCGAAGCCCGUCGCUAAUUCUUCGGGCUCUGGCUCUACGAUCGAGACUCAUCAGAUUGAAGUGGUUAGCAAAAGAAGAACAAAGAGAAACGAUAUUUUAUCAAUCGGUGCACCGAAUCUGUUAGAUCGGACGGUGGAGAUGCGAUCUGCGAAGGUAGUGGAGUCAUGGGUGAUGGUAGAUGGUAUAACAAACACUUUGGUAGAUUUAUCAGCCUUAGGUAGUACGGAUACGGAGAAGAUGAAGAAUCUGGAAGCUGACACGUGUCCAGGUAUCAUAUCGGACGGCUUAGAUAGGGUACAGUGGGUGAAUCUAGCGUAUCGGAGAAUGAUAGAUCCGUUAGAAGACGGCGGAGAGCCACCGGAGAUGGUGGUGCGGUUAGUUUUGAAGGAGAAAAAAACUGUACCAUUAUUAUUAUUGCCAGCUUUUGCAUGCACUGUGAGAGUUGUGUAUACAAUGAAUAAGGUGAAGCAAACAAGGACAAUGCCUUGUGACGUGUGGAAGAUGGAUUUUGGCGGAUUUGCAUGGAGAUUUGAUGCUAAGGCUGCACUUAGUUUGGGGAUUUGA